CUCCCUCUCUCCCUCCCUCCCUCUCUCUCGUUCUCAGAGGUAUCAUGCGUUCCCAGCAUGUGGACCCUGAGGAAGCGGUAAAGAUCCACAUGGACGUCCAGGCUAAACACUCCCUCGCUGUCCACUGGGGCACUUUCGCCUUAGCGUACGAGUAUUACCUGGAGCCCCCAGUGAAGCUGAGGGAGGCCAUGGAGCAACAAGGUCGCGACCCCGAGGAGUUCUUCACCCUCAACCAUGGAGAAUCACGCCUGCUCAACACCACACAGGACGUGUUUGACUGAGGAGAUGGAACACACACACACACACACGCACAAACACGCACACAGGCCAUGGAACAGCAAGGUCACGACCCCGAGGAGUUCACCCUCAACCACAGAGAAUCACGCCUGCUCAACACUACACAGGACGUGUUCGUACACACACACACACACACACACACGUACACACACACACACACACACACACACACACACACACACACAUACACACAGGCCAUGGACGACAGGGUAGUGACCCCAACGAGUUCCUCACCCUCAACCAUGGAGAAUCAUGCCAGCACACACACACAAAUAAACACACACACGGGAUGGAAGAUGUGUGCUAGUGUGCUUUCUAGCUGUAGGACUCUGAAAGCUGUAUCGCUGCUUCUACUACCAACAUCACUAUUAAUACUUUCCCAUGGCCAUGACCGACACACACACACACACACACACACUUUUCCCAUGGCCAUGACCGACACACACACACACACACUUUUCCCAUGGCCAUGACCGACACACACACACACACACACUUUUCCCAUGGCCAUGACCGACACACACACACAGGGAUUCUGUCUGAGUGCACUUAUGAGUGUGCACUUCUGUCUGUAGUGCACUUCGGAGUGUACACUUCUAUCUGUAGUGCACUUCCAUCUGAGUGCACACUUCUAAGUGUACACUUCUGUCUGUAGUGCACUUCUAAGUGUGCACUUCUGUCUGUACAUAAUAUUGUAGCUCACGAUGGCUGCUGCAGAGUUCUUUAGAUAAAGGAGACCAUGUAUAAUAGGAAUGUAAGAGGUAUUUUUACAAGAGCUAAGCUGUAGAUCAUAAGACACAGUAAAUAUGAUUUGGACCCAA